UUGGCCAGUAAUCAAACUGGUCAUCCUGCGUCAGCAGAGGCUGAGUACAGAAGUUGUGCUAUCGCGGGACGGGCCGUUAUUACUCACACUCUCAUUACCACGACGAAUGGCUCAAGUCAGCGUCAAAGCUACGUGCGGCGAAGAAUCCCGUCGCUUUCAGAUUCCAUCGACUACUUCAUGGCGCAGUCUAGAGCAGCAGUUGAGGCACCUCUUUGCGCUUCCGGCUGUUGGCGUGCGCUACAGAGACGAGGAGGGAGAUGAAGUGUCGCUAAGCAGCGAAGAAGAGCUGCAAGAAGCAUUCAGAGUCGUCAAAGACGUGUUGGUUCUUAGGCUACUAGUCGAGCCGCUGGAGAAAACGGCGACUGUCGGAUGGCACGGACAGAAACGAAAAAAGGCGAGUGGCCAUUGCUAUUACUCUCAGUUGGCUGCCGAUGUGGGAGCCGUGAAGAGACAAACCGAGGCUUCACGUUUCAAGGCCGACGAGAAACAAAAGAAACACGGACAGUUGAGCAGUAAACAGGAUGAGAAUCCAACCGUACGACACGAUUCCUUGACUGUGAGUCACCUACAGCAAGCCGUACGGGACGAGAUCCGUAAAAACUGCUGUGAGAGAACGCCGUCUUGGUUUAGAUCAGAGAUGGACAAGGUUGCGGAAAGGAUCAUCGGUGGUGUGUGUAAUAGAAUGGGAACAUACCGUCAACAGCGACUGCCAAUUGAUUCAACUGUGUUUUAUCAUGACAACAUCAUUUGCGACGGAUGCGAUCAGAUGAUCUUUGGGACUCGGUACAAAUGCGGGAAUUGUGCCGAUUAUGAUCUCUGUGAACGAUGUGAGCCACUCGGUUUGCAUAGUCCCUAUCAUGUCUUCAUAAAAUUCCCACAGCCUGUGGCACCAUGGGUUGGGAGGAACAAGCAUGGGGUACUGAAGCCACUCUUAAAGCACAAUCUCUUUGCAGCAACACGAUUUGAGAGCAACGAAGAGAGGAAGAGAAGGAAGAGGGAAAAGAAGGCAGAGAAAGCUCAGGUGAAGGACGAGAGGAAGGAGGAGAAGAGAGAAGAGAAGAUGAAGAAGAAGUGUGCGAAGAUGAUGCAGAGGAAGGAAAUGGAAGACGAAUGUGGUGUGAACGCUACAGCACCAGACGGUCAAGAGAUGGAGGAAGUACAUUACAAUGCUGUAUUUAUUGAAGACUGUAAUGUCUAUGAGGACACUCACUUUAGUGUCGGCGAAGAGUUUGAGAAACGUUGGAUUGUGAAGAACAUUGGAACUUUGCCAUGGGAUGAUGAUGUUGUUUUGAGUUGUCUAUGGGGCACUAUCCCAUACACAAAUGUCUUGCCUGUAAGUCACAUUCAAUCCGGUGAAGAAACCGUUGUCACAGUCAACUUCACAGCUCCAACCGAACCAGGCAAAUACGAAAGUCACUGGCGUCUCUAUCAUGCUGGUGAUAGUUUCGGUCACUGCUUCUGGUGUAGUAUUAUCGUCGAUCCUAUCACAUCAUCCACCAAUCAGACCACAUCUGAAGACAACAAGCCGGUUGACCUAAUCACAUUUGACGCGAACGAAACGCAAGAGUCUGCGUCGGAAGACGAAGAUCCUCGUGUAUUGGUGCGGCAGCCGUCGGUUGAGAGUUUUGAAGCGAUAUCAGCGCCCGUUGCUGCAGAAGAGACUCCGUGUGUGGAUCAUGUGGACGAAAGAUUGCUCGGGCAAAUGGCUGAACUCAGAGUCAAACACGAUCUCAUUGAUGUCGAAAUGAGCAGCAAUUACAGUGUUGACAGCACUGAGGACUUUGUUGUCGUUCCAAUGCCUUCAUGCUUUGACGUGUCAAAGCCACUUAUGACACACGAACCAGACGUUGUUGAACAAGCCGAACGAGACUACCCGCUCUUGGUUGCUCUCACGAAUCCAUCGGAUGCCUCACAACUAGCCGACACAACACACAACGAGACGGUAGUUACUGACAGUGUUGAUGUCCAUCAGAAUGUCGAGACGUCAACAAACGGAAGCGAGCCAGACAAUGUGAGUGUCCCGGAUGAGCCACAGUAUUCCAUCCACGCCCCACCUCCGUAUCAUUCUCCAGUUGAUAUCUACCUUGAUUCAUCCGUCACGAGUAUCCACGACGACGCCCUCGAGAAUCCAAACUCUGAAGACUUUGACAGUCGACGAUCGGACGAGCACGGGAACCCACAACUUGCAGAGCACAUCGUUUCUUCUCCGUCUCUAUCACAAGCUGGCCAACCGUUAUACGUUCCUUCACAGCAUCUGUACGAGCUGCCACGGUCAAAGUACGUCCCUCCAGGCCCGUGUGAUGUACCUGUACUGAAUAUUUGGAAGCCGCCGCAGCCGCUGAGCCCUCUUGAUCAGUUAUUUGAAAUGGGAUUUGGUGAUCGGAAGAGAAACAUCCAGCUGUUGGGGGAACACAACAACGACGUUCAGGCUGUCGUGCAGCAGCUCCUCGCCGAUAUUGAUAACGACUGGUCGACUAAGAGGCACUGAAGUCGUCGUCGUCGAUUGACUAGACGUUGGAUGUUAUGUUUAUGUGUAUACUGUAGUCUCGUGCGUGCGUGUGUGUGUGUGUGUGUGUGUGUGUGUGUACUGUUACGCAUGUAUGAUAUGAUUAGUUUGCUUGUGUAUGUAAGCAUGCAUGUCAGCUAGGCAGAGUGUACACACUAUUAUUGAUUGACACAAUACAUGUCGCUAUGUUGUC